GCAGUUCGCGCGGGAGCCAGGCGCUGGGGCGCCGGGGCUGCAGGUCUGUGGAACGGAAGCCGCUGCGGGGCGCGAAGGAAGCCAGGAUGGCGACUCCGACCAGGAAGACGUCGACCCCAGCCCCCCUGGCUUCCAAGAGAGCUCUACCGAGAGACCCUUCGUCGGAGGUCCCGAGCAAGAGAAAGAAUUCGGCCCCACCGCCGCCGCCGCUGCAGUCGUCCGGGCCUUUCGUGGAAGGCUCUAUCGUCCGCAUCUCGAUGGAGAACUUCCUAACAUAUGAUAUUUGUGAAGUAUCUCCUGGGCCUAACUUGAAUAUGAUUAUUGGAGCUAAUGGAACAGGGAAGUCAAGCAUCGUGUGUGCCAUUUGCCUUGGAUUAGCAGGCAAACCUGCUUUCAUGGGACGAGCAGAUAAGGUUGGGUUUUUUGUGAAGAGAGGAUGUUCCAAAGGCAUGGUUGAAAUUGAAUUGUUCAGGGCUUCUGGAAAUCUUGUAAUCACCCGUGAGAUUGAUGUGGCAAAAAAUCAGUCCUUUUGGUUCAUCAACAAAAAAUCUACAACCCAGAAAGUAGUGGAAGAGCAAGUUGCAGCCUUAAAUAUUCAAGUGGGCAAUCUUUGCCAGUUUCUACCUCAGGACAAAGUUGGAGAAUUUGCUAAACUCAGCAAAAUUGAACUCCUCGAAGCUACUGAGAAGUCAAUUGGUCCUCCAGAAAUGCACAGGUAUCACUGUGAACUCAAAAACUUCAGGGAGAAAGAAAAGCAACUAGAGACCUCAUGUAAAGAGAAAACUGACUAUCUAGAGAAAAUGGUUCAGAGAAAUGAAAGAUACAAACAAGAUGUGGAGAGAUUCUAUGAACGUAAGCGACAUUUAGAUUUAAUUGAGAUGCUUGAAGCAAAAAGGCCAUGGGUGGAAUAUGAAAAUGUUCGUCAGGAAUAUGAAGAAGUAAAACUAGCUCGUGACCGAGUGAAGGAGGAGGUCAGAAAACUUAAAGAAGGGCAGAUUCCUAUGACUCGUCGAAUCGAGGAAAUCGAAAGGCAACGUCACAAUUUGGAGGCUCGAAUCAAAGAAAAGGCAACAGAUAUUAAGGAGACAUCUCAAAAAUGCAAACAAAAGCAAGAUGUUAUAGAAAGAAAAGAUAAACAUAUCGAGGAACUUCAGCAGGCUUUAACAGUAAAGCAAAAUGAAGAGCAUGACCGACAGAGGAGGAUAAGUAAUACGCGAAAAAUGAUAGAGGAUUUGCAAAAUGAGCUAAAGACAGCAGAAAACUGUGAGAAUCUUCAGCCCCAGAUUGAUGCCAUUACAAAUGAUCUGAGACGAGUUCAAGACGAAAAGGCAUUGUGUGAAGGCGAGAUAAUUGAUAAACGAAGAGAGAAGGAGACUCUAGAGAAGGAGAAAAAGAGUGUGGAUGAUCAUAUUGUACGUUUUGACAAUCUGAUGAAUCAAAAGGAAGAUAAGCUGAGACAGAGAUACCGUGACACAUAUGAUGCUGUUUUAUGGCUGAGAAAUAACAGAGACAAAUUUAAGCGAAGAGUCUGUGAGCCCAUAAUGCUCACGAUCAAUAUGAAAGAUAAUAAAAAUGCCAAAUACAUUGAAAAUCAUAUUCCAUCAAAUGACUUGAGAGCUUUUGUUUUUGAAAGUCAAGAAGAUAUGGAGGUUUUCCUCAAAGAGGUUCGUGACAAUAAAAAAUUAAGAGUAAAUGCUGUUAUUGCUCCCAAGAGUUCAUAUGCAGACAAAGCACCUUCAAGAUCUCUGAAUGAACUAAAACAAUAUGGAUUUUUCUCUUAUUUGAGAGAAUUAUUUGAUGCACCUGAUCCUGUAAUGAGUUACCUUUGCUGUCAGUAUCAUAUUCAUGAAGUUCCUGUAGGAACGGAAAGGACCAGAGAAAGAAUCGAACGGGUAAUACAAGAAACCCGAUUAAAACAAAUUUAUACAGCAGAAGAAAAGUAUGUGGUGAAAACGUCUUUUUAUUCAAAUAAAGUUAUUUCUAGUAACACAUCUCUAAAAGUAGCCCAGUUUCUCACAGUCACUGUGGAUCUAGAGCAAAGAAGACACUUAGAAGAACAGCUAAAGGAAAUUAACAGAAAAUUGCAAGCAGUGGAAUCAGGGUUGAUUGCCUUACGUGAGACAAGCAGACAUCUAGAAUACAAAGACAAUGAACUUAGACAAAAGAAGAAGGAGCUUCUUGAAAGAAAAACCAAGAAAAGACAACUGGAACAAAAAAUUAGUUCCAAACUAGGAAGUUUAAAGCUGAUGGAACAGGAUACUUGCAACCUUGAAGAGGAAGAACGAAAAGCGAGUACCAAAAUCAAAGAAAUAAAUAUUCAAAAAGCAAAACUUGUUACCGAAUUAACAAGCCUAAUAAAGAUUUGUACUUCUUUGCAUAUACAAAAAGUAGAUUUAAUUCUUCAAAAUACUACGGUAAUCUCUGAGAAGAACAAAUUAGAAUCAGAUUACAUAGCUGCAUCUUCACAACUACGUGUCACAGAGCAACAUUUCAUUGAGUUGGAUGAAAACAGACAGAGAUUGCUGCAGAAAUGCAAGGAACUUAUGAAGAGAGCUAGGCAAGUAUGUAACCUGGGUGCAGAGCAGACUGUUCCUCAAGAAUAUCAGACACAAGUACCCACCAUUCCAAAUGGACACAACUCCUCACCCCCCAUGGCUUUCCAAGAUCUUCCAAACACAUUGGAUGAAAUUGACGCUUUAUUAACUGAAGAAAGAUCAAGAGCUUCCUGCUUCACGGGACUGAAUCCUACAGUUGUUGAGGAAUACACAAAAAGAGAAGAAGAAAUAGAGCAGUUAACUGAGGAGCUAAAGGGAAAGAAAGUUGAACUAGAUAAAUAUAGGGAAAACAUUUUACAGGUAAAAGAAAGGUGGCUUAAUCCUUUAAAAGAGCUAGUAGAAAAAAUUAAUGAAAAAUUCAGCAAUUUUUUUAGUUCCAUGCAGUGUGCUGGUGAAGUUGAUCUCCAUACAGAAAAUGAGGAAGAUUAUGAUAAAUAUGGAAUUCGAAUUAGAGUCAAAUUUCGUAGUAGUACUCAGCUGCAUGAAUUAACUCCUCAUCAUCAAAGUGGAGGUGAAAGAAGUGUUUCUACCAUGUUAUACUUGAUGGCACUUCAGGAGCUUAAUAGAUGUCCAUUCAGAGUAGUUGAUGAAAUCAAUCAGGGAAUGGACCCAAUCAAUGAACGGAGAGUGUUUGAAAUGGUUGUAAAUACUGCCUGUAAGGAAAACACAUCUCAAUACUUCUUCAUUACCCCAAAGCUCCUACAAAAUCUUCCUUAUUCUGAAAAGAUGACGGUAUUGUUUGUGUACAAUGGUCCUCAUAUGCUGGAACCAAACAGAUGGAAUUUAAAGGCUUUCCAAAGGCGGCGGCGCCGUAUUACAUUCACUCAACCUUCUCAAUAAAAAGUAAAGAGAGGGAACUUUGGGAUUUCUCUGUUAAAUUCUGUUUAUGAGUAUGGCUCAACUGAAUAAAAUUAGGAAAUUCAUUAAAAC